AAUAUCUCUCCUCCUUCCUUAUUCAACAAACCCCAAAAUAAAAAAUAAACUCAAGAGCCAUUCUUCAUUUGGCCGACACUUCUUCCAUUCUCCACCACCACCAUGGAAGGUCUCUCCAAGCUCUUCCUCCUCCCCCUCUUCCUCACUUUCUCCAUUACAACCGCAUUAUCAGAUAAACCCGGGUCGGGUCAAAUAAACUCAAACUCCGUCCUCGUAGCUCUUCUUGACUCACACUACACAGAGCUAGCAGAGCUCGUUGAGAAAGCUCUUCUUCUCCAAACCUUAGAAGAAGCUGUUGGUAAACACAACAUCACAAUCUUUGCUCCCCGCAACGAUGCCUUGGAGAAAAAUCUUGAUCCUGAAUUCAAAUCUUUCUUGCUCCAACCAAAGAAUCUCAAAUCUUUACAGUCUUUAUUAAUGUUUCACAUUCUUCCCAAAAGAGUCACUUCUCCUCAGUUCUCAUCUGCCGUCGUCAGCCACCGUACUCUCUCCAACGACCAACUUCACCUCACCAACGGAAAAGUCAACUCCGCUCAUAUUACCAAACCCGACGAUUUAACCCGACCCGACGGAAUCAUCCACGGUAUCGAACGUCUUUUAAUCCCACGUUCUGUUCAGGAAGAUUUCAACCGCCGUCGUAGUCUCCGUUCAAUCUCCGCUGUGUUACCGGAAGGAGCACCGGAGGUUGACCCGAGAACUCACCGUCUCAAGAAAAAACCCGUUCCAGUUCCAGCCGGAGCUCCACCGGUUCUACCAGUUUACGACGCAAUGUCACCCGGUCCAUCACUAGCUCCGGCUCCGGCACCAGGACCCGGUGGACCUCGCCACCAUUUCAACGGAGAGGCUCAAGUUAAAGAUUUCAUACACACGCUUCUUCAUUACGGUGGCUACAACGAAAUGGCUGACAUUCUCGUCAACCUCACUUCUUUAGCCACCGAGAUGGGUCGGCUCGUGUCGGAAGGUUACGUUUUGACCGUUUUGGCUCCAAACGACGAAGCUAUGGCUAAGUUGACCACAGACCAAUUAAGCGAACCGGGAGCUCCAGAGCAAAUUAUGUAUUACCACAUCAUACCGGAAUACCAAACCGAAGAGAGUAUGUACAAUUCCGUACGCCGGUUUGGGAAAGUCCGGUACGAUUCUCUCCGGUUUCCUCAUAAAGUAGAUGCUCAGGAAGCAGAUGGCUCGGUUAAGUUCGGUCACGGUGACGGUUCGGCUUAUUUAUUCGAUCCUGACAUUUAUACCGACGGCCGAAUAUCGGUUCAGGGGAUUGACGGCGUUUUGUUCCCGGAGGAAAAAACUCCGGUCGAGAAGAAAACCGCCGCUCCAGUUGUCAAGAAAGCAGCUAAACCAAGAAGAGGUAAAUUGAUGGAAGUAGCAUGUACAAUGCUGGGAUCACAAUUUCCGACAUGUCAAUGAGAUUUUUUCACAGGCGACCAGAUAAAAUCCGGACAUGAGAAAUUUUAUAAUUCUGUAAGCAUUGUGAUAAAAAAAAAAAAUGUGAACAGAAAGAAAGAAAUAAUGUAAAUGAUUAUUUUUUUGGCUCAUUGCAAUAAGAAUGUUAUAUCGUAGUUUUAAGUUUUUA